CUGAUUGAUUGCCCGUCGUUUCUUCUGUCAAACGAACUCCGCUCGUCGUCCUUUUUUUCCUGCUUCUUUCUCCCAUCCGGUUUUUUUUUCGACAAAGUCUCGUCCUCCUUCUCCUCACCCCCGUUCUCGUCCCCUUUUUCCUCUUCUUCCUCCAUUCAGUCGUCGUUGACCCGCCAUCGCGCCUUUCCUCAAUCGCCCCCUCCCGGACCCGCGUCUUUGUGCGCGCGCGCGCCUCCUUGCAGUAGUAGCAGCAGCACUACCAUCGCUAUCAACCCUGCAAACAACCCCCCCUUUCCUUUCAGACUCCAUCAGCAAUGGCGCGAACCAAGGAAGACGCAAAGGCAGCCUCCGCCACCGCCUCCGCCGCCACCACCGCCGAGCCCCCCCGCCGGGGUCGUGGCCGACCCAAGGGCAGCGGCAAGUCAGACGGAGUGAAGAAGGCCUACGUGCCCACCGGCCGCCCGCGCGGUCGCCCUCCCGGCAGCGGCAAGAAGAAGGCGGCAGCGACUAGCCGGGCAGCCAAGGUCGCGUCUGGCACCGGCCGUCCGCGCGGCCGCCCCCCGGGCAGCGGAAAGAAGCAGUUGGCUGCUGCCGCCGCCGCCGCCGGUGAAGACACGACGACGAACGGGAACGCGACGCCCACGCCCAAGACGGCCGCGGGACGGCGCGGCGCCGCUCGCAAGUCGGAUGCCGACCUGACCGCCUCGACCGCCAGCAAGCGAGGGGGGCGCGGAGCCCGUGGCCGAAAGUCUGCCGGCUCCGCGAGCGAGACCCCCGACGACGAGGCUCGCGCCGCAGACGCUUCGUCCGACAAGGCCGAGGAAGGUGACGAAGACGCCGGCGACGACGAGCAAGACGAGAAGAUGGAUGUGGAAUCCGGAGAGGUCGGUGCCCAACAACCGCCGUCGCCCUGGAUCGCCGGGCUCAAGAACAUGUUUCGCUGAUGGCUUUUUCUUCUCCUUUUUUCUGUCUGUGCAGGGCUCCGGAUCCGAAGAAGAAGAAGAAGAAUAAAAAAACAAAAGAGGACACGCGACAUGCGACUGACGGCUUGACACCGCGGGCCCUCUUCACCCCCCUUUUUCCACGAACCCGCAUGCACACACGAGUUCGGCACCGGACGGACGGGGAGGUAGGCGUGUACGAGACGAAGAAACACGGCAUCGUAUCGUACCCGCGCAACAUCGGGAUCCAGCAACAGGGUCGGCUUCGAAGGGAUGGAUGGGCCGCCGCAAUUGGGAUGGGGGAUUGUUAUUUUUUUGGGACAAGGCUACUAUUCAGUUUCCUUGGUUGGCGCUGACUGGGAUGCGCUGGGCGGGCGUCGUUUACGCGUCGUGUACUAUUAUGCGCUGCCCUUGCUGUCCAUUGAUGAUCCCUUUUUUCUUUGGGGGUACCAAAGCAAGAUGAUGAGGUAUCGUGUCAUG